ACAGCCUCCCCCUGAGCAACUAUCUCAGCCCUAGGCAGCCUCCCUACCCUCCUGUUUAUUGUUUGCUGUCUCUUUGUUGAAGUCGUAAAGAGCAUUCCCUUCAGAUGAAGAGGAUGGAGAUGGUACCUGUCUGGCUCCCCUUUCUCCUGGCAGCCUUCCUGGUCAGCAAUAUCCAGACCGUGCCUCUUGAGGAGAAUUCCACAGCAGACAUGAAAGUCCAAGCAGCUGCAGAACGAGUUGAAGAUACCGAUCAUGAAGUCCAUACUCUGAACAAUGUCAUACAGGAACAUGGAAUUUCAACAAUAAAAGACAAGACAUCAGUGGAACAAAUGACCAAAGAAACAGGAAUUGAGGCUAAGAAAAGAUCAAAGUAUCCAACCCAGAAACAGGUGCUACUAUAUCUCACCGUCGGAUUCAUUUCACUUGCUGCAAGUAUCAUCUUGUUUGCAACGGCAUGCAGACAUUUCCAAUUAUGUGCAAGGAAAGAGCAGGAUCUGGAGCGAGGAAACAGGAAUGAUGAAAAAGAGAGCCUAAUGCAAAAAGACAAUGCUGUAGGCAUAAAAAAUAACAGCUGCAUUAUAUGGCAUUGUAGAUCCAAACAACAAUGAUUACAGAAAAUUCAUCCACUGAAAAGAAUGGCUAUCUUCUAAAGUGGUCAACUUCCUCAUCCUUACAAAAAUAAUACAAAAUGUAAAUAAUUUUAAUGCAGAAUAUAGCAUGAAGCCUUGAAUAAAACAAAACCAGUAAAUAAUCCAAAUAAAAUUCGUGUCAUAAGAAAAUAAAAGCUGUCUAGUAUAAUUG